AUGGACAAGCCGUCGCCGUCGCGCGCGCCGUUUCCCGACUUGCAAGGAUGCAAAGUUGACGGCGAGCGACUCCUCGUACUCGACCAUCUCGCGCGAGGAUCCUUCGGCGCGGUGUACCGAGCAUGGGACUACCAAGACCAGGAAGAGUACGCGUUGAAGGUCAUCUUCCCCGCGGAGCUCACGGACGGCGCAUCGCGCGACUCGCAACUGGGCGCCCUUCUCGAAGUCGCAGCACACACCGUCGCGGCACAGCACGGACAUCCCGGCAUUCUGAAGCUCCUGCGGACAUUCAUUGAACCAUCCUAUGGCGUCGUCUGCAUCGUGCUGGAGUACUGCGAAGGCGGCUCACUCUUUGACGCGGUCUCGCAGGGCGUGUUCUGGGCGGACGCGUACCGCGUUCGCGAGGCGCUAUUGCAGAUCCUCGACGCGUUGAUCCAUUGCCAUGAGCAAGGCGUCGCACAUCGAGAUGUCAAGCCGGAGAACAUUCUUCUACCCAUCGACCAUCAACGCAUUGUGCUCGCUGACUUCGGGCUCGCGAGCGUGGAUGCGCAAACGUGCUCGAGCUUCGGAGCGGGGAGCAAACCCUUCCAGUCUCCAGAGUGUGUCGCUCCGGAGCAAGACGGAGUUCACGGAUACGAUCCCUACCCGGCGGAUGUAUGGGCCUUCGGCAUCGUCUUCUGCUUCAUCCUCACCGGCAUCUGUCCCUGGGACCGCGCGCACCCCUCAGACAGGCACUAUGCGGACUACCUACGAGACCCGAAUUUCCUCUCCACGCACUUACCGUUCACAAGACCGGCUGCUGAACUGCUCGCGGAGAUCCUCGAACCAUCACCCAGAGACCGGAUCACGCUCCCGGAGAUUCGCGCCGCGGUGGAAAAGAUGGACCGGUUCGUGCUUGACGUUGACGAGCUGGACGGAGCGUCGGCUAGUGCGCGGGACAUCCUCUUAGCGCAUGGACGGCGUGUGCUUACGGCUCGGUUCACGGACUCCACGGAGAGCGAAAGGACACCCUCGGCUUCCGAGCAGCCUCCUUCACCGCUUUGGGAAGAAGUCAGUGUGCCGUCGUGUCCGUCCAGCCCUGCUCCUACCACACCGCGUAGCGUGCGCGGGGACGGCCGUUCAGCCCUCUCUUACCUGAAGUCCGCGCAUUCUUCCCACUCAGAGGAUCAGGAAGUCCCCUUGCAUACUCCCUCAGACCGUCUGCGAACCGCCAACUGGUUCUGA